AUGGAGCAGAACGUCGAACUUGUCUUUGGGCCGAUGCUCAUUGGGGUGUUUAUGAACUGCAUACUAUAUGGCGUUCUUUAUAUUCUAGUUACCGAGACGGUCAAUACCGGGUCGGACAUGGGCUUGGUAUAUGAGCCACUUGUCUUGCAAUGGGGCAUGGAGAAAGCUACGGUGUUUGUACCUCUCAUGUUGACUGCCAGCCCAAUUGUAACUGUCAUGACAUCAACACCAAUUAAGCUAUUUCUCGCCUGGCGAGUCAAACUUGCUAGCAAUUCCACCGUUAUCCCAUUGAUCAUCUGCAUAUUGGCGGUGACAUCUCUGAUCGGAGGCGUUGCAACCACCAUCUCGCUGUGCUUCAUCAAACAAUUCUCUCAGCUACAUCGGUUUGAACCAGCCGUGCUCGUCUGGCUGGUGUCAUCCGAUGUGGCAGAUGUGCUCAUUACUUCGUCUUUGUCUUUGAAUUUGUAUCACAAAAAGACGGGCACACGUACCACUGAUGAUCUUCUUGAUAGGAUUAUCCGACUCACAAUCCAGACUGGGUUGGUGACUACAACUGUCGCGAUCGCAGAGCUAGUUGUAUACAGCACGACCACAACAACCUUGUUCUGCUUAUUUGACUUCGUUCUCGCGAAGCUGUACUCAAACUCGCUCUUGUCGACGCUGAAUGCGCGGGAACACUGGCGAUCUCUAGCAAGGCCUCAAGAACCUAUUUCACUCGGCUCUCGCGCGCGCAAAGGGCAAGUAAACGCAGGAUCCCAUUCUCCUCCCUCAGCCGACACAGGAGAUAUACAGAACAUCUAUGACAUAUCGUUGGAGAAUGGUGUAAUGAGUGCAGAACCUACCGAGGAAGCCAAGUCUUCGCACGCAGAGUCAUGGUACCAUGAGACCACACCUGGACAAGUGAGCACUGGCAUGCCACAUACAAGGGUGGUAGUAAAUACCGUUGUGGAGCGCCAUGUGGAUCGUCUCAACGAAGGAUUCUGA